AUAGGCGGUUUUUUGCGGAAUUUUUAAUUCAUUCUUUCUGAUCGGCAAAGAAUUUGUAAGCGUAAAGAUGAAAAGAGCUGCUAGUUUUGAUGCUGAGAUUGAUGGUGACAAUCAAUCAGUGUCUUUCUGUAGUAAACGAACUAGAUAUGUUGGGUCUUCAUCAUCGAAGUCUUUGCAUUUCUUCGUGAGAAACUCUGAUGGUACUACAAAGGUAAUCCAUGCAAAUAGUGAUGAUACAAUUGAAUAUGUUCAUGAACAAAUUAGAGAAAAGACUGGAAUACCUAUAGAUAAACAAGGUUAUUUAAUUUAUAGAGGGAAACAGCUUCAGAUGGAUAAAACCCUAGAAUAUUAUUCGAUACAGAAGGAUGCACGGCUUCAAUUGGUUGUAAGAAUCAGGACUGCUGAAUAUUUGAACACGUGGGAAGUUGUUAAUAAGUUAAUCUUAACAGCAGGCAGGCUUUGCAGACAUGAACGUCCUGGUGCAAAUAAGAAUGUUGUUAAUGAUGUUAAAGUGUUCAUCGAUAUGUCUUCGACAGAUGCCAGUAGUUUUCGUCACAAUCAGAUGUUUGUAUCUGCAGGUGGAGCAGCAGGUCUGGUUAUGCUGUUUGUUUCCCCAAUUGCAGGUAACAAGGAGUGUGCUGAAAAGGCAAUCCAACUAUUUUUAAACCCUCAGCAUAUUUAUUAUGUUCCUAUCAUUUUAGAGUUCUGUAAAUUGCUUUGCGGUAAAACAUCUAAACCGAAUCGGCUUUAUAUUUCUUGUGUAAUCACGCUAAGGAUAGUGUUGAAAACCAUUCGUAAGAAUAGAUAUUUUGAUUAUGCUAAAAAAAUAGUUGUGAUUCAGGGGUUAUGUCAGUUUGUAUCUGAGCUGGGACGCAAGGUGAUGAAGGGUUUGGAAUCUUGUAUUAAUUCUCCACAAAUUGCUGUAGUGUCAUUAUUCGGUGAUGUUAGUGCUUUUAUUGCUUUCUUGAUUCUUUUGUCUAAAGCAAUUGAGGACGGGUUAGGCAGGAUGGGCAUUUGUUUGACUGAUUCACAUCUAUGUGAUAUUGUGGAGCUUGGAUCGCUUCAUGUUAUCUUCUUAGAUAUGCUUGGAAAAAUUGAUGUGUGCUUGAAGAACAUAGAGAUUACGAUCAGCAAAAGUAGAGGGACAAUUGAUAGUCAUCGGAGUGGGUGGGGUCAAUAUCUUUAUAUAUUGAAGGCACUGAAUACUUUAUCUAAAAUUUAUAAAGGUGCUGAAGAAAAUGUUCUAUCUGUGAUGAGGUCAAGGCACAUUGCUCUAAACGCUCUCAUUAAGAAUUCAGGGAGAAGUGAUGGUCAUCGUUGGAUUCUUGAGCAUAAGGAUUUGACAUCUUUUGAAUCUAGGAGGCAUUUGACGAUGAUGUUGUUGCCUGAGCUGAAAGAUGAAUAUGAAUAUGAUUAUGAACAUUUGUUUGAAAUGCUUAUUGAUAGGGAACAGUUAUUGGCCGAAUCAUUUGAGUAUAUUAAUGAAGCUGAUGCUGAAGAUUUGGUUGGUGGUAGACUUUUCAUGAAGUUUAAAAAUGAGAGAGCGACUGGUCCUGGCGCUUUGCGAGAGUGGUUUUGCUUGGUCUGUCAAGCAGUAUGCAAUCCACACAAUGCCCUAUUUCUAGCUUGCCCAGACAACUUCAGAAGGUUCUUUCCUAAUCCAGCAUCCGAUGUCAACUCACUGCACCUUAAAUAUUUUCACUUUUUUGGACGAGUAACUGCAUUAGCGUUGGUGUACAAAGUGCAAGUAGGGAUCUUAUUUGAUCGCACAUUUUUCUUGCAAUUGGCUGGAGAGACUGUUUCUUUGGAAGAUGUGCGAGAUGCUGAUCCCUUAUUUUAUUCGAGCUGCAAGAAAAUUCUAGAAAUGGAUACUGAUAUUUUAGAUUCAGAUGCUUUGGGUCUAACCUUUGUCAGAGAAAUCGAAAAUUUAGGAUCUAGGAGAACUGUGGAGCUCCGUCCAGGAGGAAAUAGCAUUGCAUUGAAUAGCAAGAACCGAGAAGCUUAUGUGAAUCUCCUAAUACAACAUCGUUUUGUGACCUCAGUCUCAGAUCAAGUAAAAGUAUUCGGGGAAGGUUUUUCUGAAAUUCUUUGUGAUCCAUCCCUGCUUGCAUUCUUCUUUCGGAGUUUAGAGCAUGAAGAUCUCGAUCUUAUGCUGCAUGGAAGUGAUAGAGCUAUAUGUGCGGAGGACUGGAAGGCGCACACCGACUAUAAUGGCUUCAAGAAAACUGAUAGCCAAAUCGUUUGGUUCUGGAAGGUUGUAGAAGGUAUGUCAGUUGAGCAACGAAGGGUACUUCUCUUCUUCUGGACGUCAGUGAAGUACUUACCGGUGGAAGGCUUUAGCGGGCUUCAAUCUCGAUUAUGUAUAUACAAAUCACACAAAUCCCAUGAAAGAUUGCCUUCAGCGCACACAUGCUUCUACCAGUUAUGUCUUCCGCACUAUAAAUCUAAAUCCAAAAUGCAGGAAUCUCUUCAAAUCAUCACCCAGGAACACUUGAGCUGCAGCUUUGGUGUACGGUGAGACACAAAAACAGAGUUAAUUGGUGGGUCGUGGUUCCUUUUGGUUCUUUUCUUUCUUUUGGUGGGAUAUCUUUUUUGAUAUAAAGUUAGGUUAUUGGGAUACAGAAAUGUUAGGAUGGUAACUUCUUUUUGAAUUUCUACAUGCAUGAAAUCUUAA